CAACCUCCUUACUGUCAGGCAAAGAUCAUUUAACUGGUAAGAGAUGGGGAGGGGAGGAUGAAAAUUAGCAGAGAUAAAGAAGUACAUGGCGAAAUAAUAAGAGGGAAAUUCAACAAGAAGACAUAAUAAUCUUAAAUGUGUUUACACCUAACAACAGAGCUUCAAUAUAUAUGAAGGAAAAAUGAAACCUGAAAUAGAAAAAAAAACCACAAGCAUGUGGAAGUCAGCAAAGAUAUAGAAGAACUGAACAAACCAUCAACCAUCUUGACCUAAUUACCAUUUCUUGAAAACUCCACCCAACAACAGCAGAAGACAUGUUGUUUGUAAGUGAUCAUUAACUACUCAAUAAGAGACCAUAUGCUGGGUUAUAAUACAAACAUUAACAACAAAAUAAAAUCAAUGAACAAGAAACGUUGUGGUAUAUUCAUCCAUUGGAAUAAAACACAGCAACAACAACAACAAAAACAAAUUACUGAUAUAUGCAACAACAUAGAUAAAAUCUGACAGACAUUAUGUUGACUAGAUGAAGUCAGACACGAUACACUUCAUACAGUAUGAUUUUGAUUAUACGAAGUCCAAGAACAGGCAAAUCUCACCUCUAGCAAUAAUAGAACACUGGUUUCUCCGGGGGUGUAUUUCAACUGGGAAAAGGGCGUGAGGGAAUCUUCUUGUGUGCUGGAAAAUUUCCAUAACUUGAUGUCCAAAACCAAACCCAUUGCUGUCGAGUCAAUUAUUACUCAUAGCGACAGUAUAGGACAGAGUUAAACAGCCCCAUAGAGUUUCCAAGGAGCGCCUGGUAGAUUCGAGCUGCCAAUCUUUUGGUUAGCAGUCUAGCACUUAACCACUAUGCCACCGGGAUUUCCAACUUGAUGUCAGAGGAGGUUAUAUGAGUGUUUAUCCUGAUCUAAAAAUUGAUGGUGUUGUACACUUAAGAUUAGUACACAUUAUGUACUUCACUAUAUGUGUGUGUACCUGAGAAAAAAAGUAAAAAUUGUUUGUAAUUGUCAUUUUCAAAAGUACUUCACCUUUUACCUAUUGCCCCUCGGUAUCUUCCUGCCUCUCAUCCUAGAAAAUGCCUCUCUCAAGGGUCCUCAGCUCUUAGAGAGAUCACAUUGGGUUUGCAGAGUUGGUGACCUGCUCCUCGGGUAAGAUACCGGAUAUGGAAGAGAAGACAAACCAUGAAACAGAAGCCAAAGUAAACACAUUUAACAAUUCUGAAGAUAAGCAAAUAUAUAUCAGGAGCAAACAAAUUAUUUCCCUAAAGGACAUGUUAAAAAUUUGUUUUCAAACGGCCAAGGAUGCAAAUACAUCUUUCUCUGCUCCCCAAGGGUAUUAGAAAUCCUUGCUUACUGAAAUCUGUCUUUAAGCUUCUAUACGAAUAUUAGAAAACCUAGGCUCUUCUCUACGGAGGAAAUAAAGACAGCAGUGCACAGACUCCUGUUGUUGUUAUGUGCCGCCGCGUCGGUUCCGACUCAUAGCGACCCUGUGCACAACAGAACAAAACACUGCCCAGGCCUGUGUCAUCCCUACAAUCGUUGUUAUGCUUGAGCCCAUUGUUGCAGCCACUAUGUCAAUCUACCUCAUUGAGGUUCUUCCUCUUUUCCACUGACCCUGUACUUUACCAAACAUGAUGUCCUUCUCCGGGCACUGAUCUGUCCUGACAUGUCUAAAGUAUGUAAGACGCUGUCUUGCCAUCCUUGCUUCAAAGGAGCAUUUGGGUUGUACUUCUUCCAAGACAAAUUUAUUCGUUCUUUUGGCAGUCCAUGGUAUAUUCAAUAUUCUUCACCAACACCACAAUUCAAAGGCCUCAAUUCUUCUUUGGUUUUUCUUACUCAUUGUGCACCUUUCACAUGCAGAUGAGGUGAUUGAAAAUAGCAUGACUUGGGUCAGGCGCACCUUAGUCUUCAAGGUAACAUCCUUGCUUUUCAACACUUUAAAGAGGUCCUUUGCAGCAGAUUUGCCCAACGCAGUGCGUCUUUUGAUUUCUCGAAUGCUGCUUCCAUAGGUGUUGAUUGUGAUCCAAGAAAAACAAAAUCCUUGAGAACUUCAAUCUCUUCUCUGUCGAUCAUGAUGUUUCUUAUUGGUCCAGUUGUGAGGAUUUUUGUUUUCGUUAUGUUGAGGUGUAAUCCAUACUGAAUGCUGUGGUGUUUGAUCUUCAUUAGUAAGUGCUUCAAGUCCUCUUCACUUUCAGCAAGCAAGGUUGUGUCAUCUGCAUAAUGCAGGUUGUUAAUGGGUCUUCCUCCAGUCCUGAUGCCGUUAUUCUUCAUAAAGUCCAGUUUCUCGGAUUAUGUGCUCAGCAUACAGAUUGAAUAGGUACGGUGAAAGGAUACAACCCUGACGCACACCUUUCCUGACUCUAAACCAAUCAGUAUCCCCUCUUUCUGUCAAAACAACUGCCUCUUGAUCUAUGUAAAGGUUCCUAAUGAGCACAAUUAAGUGAUCUGGAAUUCUCAUUCUUCACAAAGUUAUCCAUGAUUUCUUACAAUCCACACACUCAAAGGCCUUUGUAUAGUCAAUAAAACACAGGUAAACAUCCUUCUGGUAUUCUCUGCUUUUAGCCAGGAUCCAUCUGACAUUAGCAAGGAUAUCACUAGUUCGCGGCAAAGGCAUUAAACCGCAGGGACACUAGGUGGAGCCCUCCGGGUAAGCGCACGGAGCCCCUCCCCUACGGCACCGGUAGCGCCAGAAACAGGAAGCGGAAGUGCUGGUCUAGGGGCCGGAAGUGUUUUGACGCGUGGCCCCUCAGUAGUGUGGGGUAUGUUUUCUGUUUCUAUAUGUUCUGCCUGGUCCUGCAGCAGGUACAGCCCACGGGGCUGAGGGCUCUGCGCCUGCUCUUCUGCGCACUCCUGGCCUCUCUGCCCUCCCAGAGCUGCGGGACUUCUUGUAGCCGGGCUGUGCGGGGCCCUCCCGCAGCCGCCGCCGCCGCCGCUCUCCUGCCGCCUCCUUGGGUGUCCCGGCUCACCCGGGCGCAACUCCUUUCUGAACUGCCAGAGUCGGGAAGCCGGGUAGGCGAGUGGCGCUGUGUCUCUGGGUGGAUUAACAGGUCUCAUGUGUGGCACAGGGAGAAUGUCCAGUCUAGGCAGCUGGGGACCUAGGGCAGCCAUCUUGCACGUCUGUAAAUCAUAAGUAAGGAUUUCAACUGCUCUUACUGGCUGCAUGGACCAAACAUCAUUCAUCUGCCUCGAGGCUUCCCAGUGACCCUGCUUCCACUCCCAUCCCUCUUACCUUAAAUGGCUUCUUGGGCUUAGAAAGCACAUUUACUUAGACUUCCAGAAGCCGGAGCAAGAAAAUGGACUCAGUGGUCAUUGAGGAUGUGGCUGUGGUCUUUACUCAGGAAGAGUGGGCUUUGCUAGAUCUUGCUCAGAGGAAACUCUACAGAGAUGUGAUGAUGGAAACCUUCAGAAACCUGGCAUCAGUAGUGUCUGGAAACGUUAAUGAUGGAGAAAAAUUAUCCAGUGAACAUACAAUAGCGCAAUUCACGAAGAAUAACAGUUCGUCCUCUGUGUUAGGAGAAAUCUUCAGAUUGUUUGUCAGUGAAGAUCAGCCUCAAAACCAGGGAAGACAUUUUAGAAAACAUACAGUAGAGAACCUCGGUGAGUGUAAUGAAGACAAUCAGUGUGGAAAAACCUUCACCUGGAUUCCAAAUAUUACUGUGGUAAGAAGAAAUCCUCUAGAAGUAAAUCCUCUUGAAUCCUGUGAGUGUGGAAAUGCCUUCGUGUAUCAGUCAUCACAUAAGCAUCAUACCAGAUCUCAUACUGGAUGCAGUACCUGUCAGGAUAAGGAAUGUGGAGAAGGCUGCACUUGUCCCUCUUACUUAAGCAUUCCUAUGAGAACUCUUACUGGAAAGAGACCCUAUAAAUGUAAGGUAUGUGGGAAAGACUUCAUUUCUAUCUCAACCCUAAAGAGUCCAGUGACAACAGUUACUGGAAAGAAACACUCUGAACGUAACAAAGGUGAGAAAGAUUUUUGUAGUUUCUCAUCCCUUCUGACACAUGUCAGAGGUCGUAAGCAUCCUAAGUGUGAAUGUCAGAAAUCCAAUAGUCAUCCUUCAUCCCCCAUUUUACAUAAAAAAAUUCAUAAUAGAGAUAAGCCUUAUGAAUGUAAGGAAUGUGGGAAAACCUUUAGUCGUUCCUCAGGCCUUAUUACUCAUACUAGAACUCACAGUGGAGAGAAACCUUUUAAAUGUGAGGAAUGUGGGAAAGCCUUUAGUCAGUUCUCAAGCCUCACUAGACAUAUGAAAACUCACAGUGGAGAGAGGCCUUAUGAAUGUAAAGAAUGUGGGAAAGCCUUUCGUCAUGAUGUAUCCCUCACAACACAUAUAAGAACUCACAGUGGAGAGAGGCCUUAUGAAUGUAAGGAAUGUGGGAAAGCCUUUAUUCAUCUAUCACACCUCAUUCCACAUGUAAGAACUCACAGUGGAGAGAAGCCUUAUGAAUGUAAGGAAUGUGGGAAAGCCUUUAGGCAGGCCUCGUCACUCACUACACAUAUGAGAACUCACAGUGGAGAGAGGCCUUAUGAAUGUAAGGAAUGCGGGAAAGGUUUUAGUUGUUCCUCACAACUCAUUACACAUGAAAGAAUUCACAGUGGAAGGAGGCCUUAUGAAUGUAAGGAAUGUGGGAAAGCCUUUAAUAAUUCCACAAACCUCACUGUACACAGAAGAACUCACAGUGGAGAGAAACCUUAUAAAUGUGAGGAAUGUGGAAAAGCCUUUAAACAGACCUCAGCCCUCACUAACCAUAUAAGAACUCACAGUGGAGAAAAGCCUUAUGAAUGUAAGAAAUGUGGGAAAGCCUUUAGUCAAUCUGGAGUCCUCACUAUACAUAUAAGAACUCACAGUGGAGAAAGGCCUUUUGAAUGUAAGGAAUGUGGGAAAGGCUUUAUUCAGGCUUCAUCCCUCACUACUCAUGUAAGAACUCACAGUGAAGAGAGACCUUAUGAAUGUAAGUAAUGUGGUGAAGUCUUUAAGUUUCUUCACACCUCACUUCACUUAUAAGUGAAUAGAGAGCUUAUUAACAUAAUGGAUGUGAGAAAGCAUUUAGUCAGUUCUCAGUCCUUAUUGAAUGUCAGUAAUGUUACAGUGCAGAGGAACCUUAUGAAUGUAGUCAAUGUGGGGUAGCCGUUGCACAUAGCUCUUACUCCAGACAUAAAGAUAGGCAUCAUGGAAAGAACACAUAUAUAUAAAGAAUGUGGUAAAGUCUUUAGUUAUUUUUUCUGCCUCUGUAAAUGUACAGACUCACAGUGGACAGUGUUUUUAUGAAUGUAAGUAAUGUGAGAAUGUCUUCAGGUGUUUAUUCUUUGGAACACAUCUGAGUAGGCAUUCUAGAGGGAAACAACAUACAUUUAAGUGUUGCUGGAUAAAUUUUAUACAUUUUCUUUUUGCAAUCCUGAGAGAAGAUGCAUGUCAGAUUAACUGAAAGUGUAAGUGAUGUGUUAAAAUGUUUUUGUUUCUCCAAAGUCAUUUAAAUUUCCAUGUAUGGAAGGCCCCUCAGCGCAUAUGAGGAAUCAUACUGGAGAAACAUCACGUAAACAAACGUAAGGUACCUGGGAUCAUAGAAGUGCCUUUUUCUAGUUUUAGACAGCAUGUGAGAUAUUACACUGUGGAUUCAUCCUAUUACUGUAAAAGGUGAUUGAGGCCUUCAGCGUCCACGCUCUCAUGAUGCCUAUGAGACCUCACAAACUGCUGAGACACAUUGACUGUAAACAUAGUGAGAAAUCCUUCAAUCACAUAAUAUAUCAGUUUGUGCGCAAGGAGAUUCGUACUAGGGAAGAAAUCUUAUAAAAAUUAAACACGUGGAAUUUAUUACUUCCUUAAUCCCAUGCGAUUCAAGGUCCCCUUUUUAUUUUCUGAUGUAAACAUUAAUGUGAUAAAUACCACUCUAAAUAUCCUUUCAAUUCUAGGACAUGAAUUUUGAUAGUGUUUGCAUUUUGAUUCAUAACAAGAAUUUUGUUCAUUAGAAUGUCUCAUCAGCAGGAGUGUUUUGAAGUCUGUUUUCUUCUUAUCAACUAUGUUGCAUUUAAGCAUCUUUUUAGACUAUAAAGCAGCAUGUUCUCAUUGUAGAAAACUGUUUUUAGCCAAAAAGUGUUUUAAAAAUUAAAUUGACUUAUAAUCUGAGCACUCUGGAUAUGUUGAGUGUUUUCUCUCAGCCUUCCUUGUAUGCAGAGCAAUGUUUUUAACAGAAUCAGGGUUGUACUGUACGUUUAGCGUUGUUGUGGACUUGUUUUGCAUUGCAUCUCAUUUUCCUCUCUGGUUUACUGAUGAAGAAACAGCCCAGAAACUUUUAACCCAAAGGACUCUUUUCAAAUGAUGGUGUAACAAACAGGCUUUUCACGGAAGGAUGGUUCAUUCUGAGGCUCAAAGCAGUUACGUGCCAACACAGUACCCUAGCCUCAUCUAGCUGCAUUGAAGCUUCUGUCCUGCACUGACUCAUAGCCUGUGCUUAGUGACAGAGUCUUAGUUUUGAUAAUUCUGACAUUCCAAGAGUUGUGUCCAGUCAGGAGCUGAGACUGCAGUUUCUUGGUUAGUAUGUGGUCUCUGUUCCACCUGAUGUACACACCCACUAUAGGGCCUAGAAAAGAGAGAAUACCAACAAAGUUUCCUGUAUUAGUAGGGACAAGAUAAGUGGCUGUUCGGCCUGGAGGUUUAUCUAGUGCCACCCUGCCCCUGGUGAGCUGGGAGCUGCCUCACAGACUCUUCAUGUAAGGGGCCUCAAAAUGGAGACUGCAAAUUAGACUUCCCUUUAUCCAGCAAUUUCCCUUGUAGCAUCCUAUGGAAAUCCCUGGGCCCCGUGCUGCUGUAUGUUGAUAGUAGUGGUAGAUAGUGUAAAUCAGUGUCUAUCAGAGGGAAGGGAGUUGUUAGAAAAAUGCCCAGCCACACAUCAGAAUAUUGAUUGCUACUGAAGGAGUUUUUUUAAUAUCCAAAGAGUAAUUCAGUUUUGAAAUGUAAGUUGUUAAAUACAUUAACUCUUAUAAGCAAUAGCACAACCAAAGUGUAGAACAGUACCUCUCUCUCCUCCAAAAAUAGCCCUUAUACUGCCCCUUUUUAGUGAAAUCUUUCCCUGACCAUGAACCCCUGGCAGGAGUCCCUGCAUAUAUGAUGCACUGUGUAGCUUUUUGGUUAUGGAUCCUUAUGGAUCUUUUCACUGAGCAUGGAGUCCUGGUGGCGCAGUGGUUAAGAGCACGGCUGCUAACCAAAAGGUUGGCAGUUUGAAUCUGCCGGCCACUCCUGGCAAGCCCUAUGGGGUAUUCUACUCUGUCUUAUAAGGUUGCCAUGAGUUGAAAUUGACUCGACAGCUACGGGUUUAGUUUUGAUUUAGUUUCAUUUAACAUAAUUCCUUGGAGACACAUCCACAUUGAUGAAUAUAUUGAGUUUGUUCCUUUUUAUUGUGCAGUGGUUCAUUUUAUAUACAUAACACUGCUUGUGUAUUCACCAUUUGGAGGAUGUUUGAGUUUCCAGUUAUGAUAAUGUAGAUAUAAACAAUUCUAAACAUGUUUUAUAUGAACAUAAGGUUUUCAUUUUUCUCACCUGACCCUAGGAGUGGGAUUGUUACUGUAUGGUAGAUGUUACAUUUAAGCUUAUAAGAAACUGUCAGUGUAUUUUUUAAAAAGGACUGUGCCAUUUUGUAUUCUGAAAGCAAUGGAUCAUUUUAGUUGCUGCUGGGAUCUGCAGAGGUUCCUUUCUGAAGGAACUAGCACCGUUCUGUUUGGACUGGCAUCAGGGUAGUCAUUCAGUGGGUGGCUCAUCUGACAGGCAACCCUGCAUUUGCUGAGGAAACGGAAUGGCCUGUAGCAAUCUCGAUUAGACCACAGGUCCAUUGUAUGGGACUCUGAGCUAUGCCAUCAAUGUCACUGCCAGCCUGGCGUGAACCCAGGGCUCAGCCAAGUCUUUUUAGAAGGAACAUAGCGUUUCUUAUCAGUUCCCAGCUUCAGAAUGUGGCCCUUGCACUUGUUACCAAAGUCCACGUGACAGUGGCCAUUCUUGUCUUCCUGGUAUGGAAACUGGAAGUAGAUGUGUUCGUUUGAGAUAACAGGUCAGCCACUAAUCAACCAUUUUACCACUUACUCCCUCCACCUCUUUCUCUAAAGUUUUUUCCUUUUAGCACCUAGCUGUUCUGGUUGAACCAGCCUCAGUGGGCACUUAGGAGCCAUGGCUACUCCUAAAUUCCACUUCAUUUACCCACACCAGCCUACUGCUCAUUCUGAAUUGCUAAGAUCAGGGCACCUACCUGGGGCUUGGGCCCUUGAAAGGAGGCUGGUUAAGAAAUACAAUUUUGGCCUUUUCAUAUGGUGCCUCUACCCUCCUGAAGCCUUCCAAGCAACGGUUGUAUCCUUUUCCAGGAGGAAAAAGCAUUUUCACCUUUGGGUUAAGGUGACUCUGGCCCCAGGUUUAUCCUGUCCUCUUUGACGUGGUGAUUCUAGUGUGUUCCAGUGAAUACUGGGUACAGUUUCUCUAGCUUUAGGUGGCAUUUUUUUUGUUUGUUUGUUAUCAGGUGCCGUCCAAUCAGUUCCGACUUAAGUGACCCUAUGUACAACAGAAUGAAACACUUCAUGGUCCUUUGCCAUCCGCAUAAUCAUUGUUCUGCUUGAGCCCAUUGUUGCAGCCUCUUUUUCACUCACCCUCUACUUCAACUCGCAUGAUGUCCUUCUCCAGGGACUGGUCCCUCUUGAUAACAUGUGCAAAGUAUGUGUGAUGAAGUCUGCCAUCCUUGCUUCUAAGGAGCAUUCUGGCCGUACUUCUUAAAAGAUUUUUUCAUUCUUCUAGCAGGCCAUGGUAUACUUAAUAUUCUUCACCAACACCAUAAUUCAAAGGUGUCAAUUCAUUGAUGUUCCUUAUUCAUUGGUAAGCUUUUGCAUGCCUACGAAGAAAUUGGAAACACUGCAGCUUGGGUCAGAUGCACCUUAGUCCUUAAAGUUACAUUUUGGCUUUUUAAUACAUUAAAAAGGUCUUUUGCAGCAAAUUUGCCCAAUGCAAUGCAUCGUGGAUAUUGAAGUUAGAUUAAUUAUAUUUUGGUGGAAAGAUAAUCUUUUUGAGGUUUUCAGGUGUGCAUUAAGGAGCCCUGGUGGUGCCAUUGUUAUGUGCUUGGCUAGCAUCUGAAAAAUUGGCAGUUCCAACCCACCCAGUUGCUCCACAGGAGAAAGACCUGGUCAUCUGCUACUAUAAAGAUUAUGGCCAUGUAAACCCUAUGGCACAGUUCUCCUCUUUCAGCUUGGGUCACUGUAAGUCAAAACUCUACGCAACAGUGCCUGACAACAAAAGGGUGCCCAUGUAUCUCAACAUAAAUCAAUGCAUGAGUGAAUGAAUUAAUAUAAAUACAAAUUUACCAUAAAGAAAUUGUCUACUCAGCUCUUAAGUCAUCUGUACCUUACCUCACUUGCAUAACCCUAGAAAUCCCCCAGAGCUUUAAAUUGUAGGAGUCUAUAAGAGGAAAUAGACUCCUACAAUUUUUUUUUUUAUAAGAGGAAAGACAAUAUAGGCAUAUUUAUGUCAUUUGUAGAUGGUGGAAUUUAAUUUACCAUAAACCAGAUGAAUUUUUACGGAUGGAUUUUCUCCUAGCUGUUUGAUUUUAACUGCUCUUUAAAUUGAAUUUUCAUUGCUCUUCUAAAGUGGUUCCAGUAAAACGAGCCCUCGUAAACCUGAUCUAGAUUCACCAAUUGUUAAGAUAUUGCCUUAUUUGUCAAUAUAUAAAUACAUUAUUCCAAUGAAACAUUCAGAGGUUAAUCGUGGACAUCCAGCUUGAGAAAUGCCAAGUGUGUUCUUCCCUUUUUGUUUUCUAUGUCCAGGUCUUUGCACCUGACAUAAUACUUUACUAUGUCUUCUCAAGCUGCCCUUUGAAAUCUUGAGUUCAGGUGUUCUACUUCAUCAUUUCUUCCUUUUGCUGUAGCUAUUGUACAUUCAAGAGCAACUUUCAGAGUCUCUUCUGACUUGGAUUUUGGUCUUUCUGUCCUGUCUUUUUCAUCGCCUAAAACUGACUGCCCUAAAAAUCCCGUAUACUCUGCCUAUUCAUCCCUUCCUUUCUCCCGCGGAAUUUGGCAACCACCAGUCUUUUUUACCAGCUUUGCCUGCUCAAGAAUGUUACGAAGUUGGAAAUUAUAUGUAACUUUUUCAGAUUGGCUUCUUUUACUUACAGUAUUCAUUUAAGGUUCUGCCAUGUGUUUCCGUGGCUUGAUAGCUCAUUUCUUUCUAUUGCUAAGGAUAUUCCUGUGUAUGGAUGCAUUACACUUGGCUUAUCCAUUCAUCAAUUAAAAAGCAUCUUGUUUGCCUCCAAUAUUUGGCAAUUAUGAAUAAAGCUGUUAAAAAUAUUUGUGUUAAGGUUUUUGUGUGGACAUAGGUUUCAACUCAUUUGGGUAAAUACCAAAGUAUGCAAUUGCUGGAUUAUAUGGUAAGACUAUGUUCAAUUUUGUAAGAAGGUGUCCAACUAGCUGUACCAUUUUGCAUUUCCAUUAGCAGUGACUGUGAGUUCCUGUUGAUUCACAUCCUGGUGAUGUCAUUGGUUUGGAGUUUAGCCAUUGUAUUCAAUAUGUAGCAGCAUCUUCUUAUUCCUUAUUUUCAUUCUGUGUUUUACAGAGUAGAACUGCUCCAUGGGCUUUCCUUGGCUUUAAUGUUUAGGGAAGCAGAUCAGCAGGUGUUUAUUUUGUGGCUGAACUAGGUGGGUUUUAAUCACCAACCUUUAGAUCAGCAGCCAAACACAAAGCUUUUGUGGUGCUCUGGAACUUUUUAUUUUGAAUACCACAGUCCUUUAUCACACAGAUGUUUUUGGAAAAAUUUUCUGCUAGUUUUUGGUUUCUUUCUUUAUUGUCUUUUUUUGGUAUUUUCCUGGAUAUAUUUUUUUCCAUCCUUUGAUAUUUAAUAAAUUUACAUCUUUGUUUCUGAGAUGCGUCUUGUAGAGAGCAUAUUGGUGGAGGUUUUUUUUUUUUUUUUUAAUCCAUUCUUUCACUCUGUCUCUUUAUGGGUGCAUUUAGGCCAUUUACAUUCAGUGCAAUUAUUGGUAGCUGUGAUUUUAUUGCUGUCAAUUUGUAGUGCUAACAUUGUUUUUGUUCCUCUUACUCUUCUGUGCUGAGUUCCUUUUUUUCCUGUGGAUUUCCAUUGUUUUUGUAGAUUUUGUUUUUAUUGAGACUUUGUUUUUCUUCUUUAUUUUGAUGAGUGGGUUUGAUAACUUUCUCUGUGGUUACCUUGAAAUUUACCCUUAUCUUUCUAGGUUUGAACCAGUCUAUUAUUGGUAUUGCUUUGUUUUUCUCUCCAUUAGAAAGUUCUAUACCUACACCAUUUAUUCCCUCUUUUAUUGUUCUGAUGUUGUUGUCAUUUACAGAUUAACCUUUCUGAUUCCCUGUCGGAAUUGUUUUGGUUUUGGAUAGUCCUUAAGAGUUCUUUUCCUAUCUUUGUAUCUGGCUUGUACAAACUUGCAUCCUAGAUUCAGGCUACGGUCUGAUUUUGUUUGCUCUCAGACCAAAGGACUCCCUUUAAUAAUUCUUGUAGGUUUGGUUUCUACAUAUUCACUUAAUUUCUGUUUAUCUGGAAAUGCCCUAAGUUCACCAUCAUAUUUGAAUGAAAGUUUUGCAGGAUAUAUUAUUCAUGGUUGGCAUUUUUUUUCUUUCAAGGUUGUGUAUAUGUCAUCCCAUUGUCUUCUUGCCUGCAUGGUUUCUGCCAAAUAACCAGAGCUUAGUUUUAUUGUUUCUCCUCUGUAUGUGACUUUUUUUUUUUUUAAAGCUGCUUUCCAGAUUUUUCUUUGUCUUUGUUUUUUGUGAGUAUGAUUAUGAUAUGUCUUGGUGUUUUUUGGGGGGAGUCUAUCCUAUAUGGGGUUCGUUGAACUUCUUAUAUGGUCAGCUUUUUAUCAUUCAUGAUUUUAGGGAAGUUUUCUGUCAGCAAUUCUUUAGUGAUCCUCUCUGUGUUUUCCAUUUUCUCUCUCUGUUCUGGAACUCCAAUCACUCGCCAGUUUUUGCAUUUGACUGUUAUCCCACAUAAUUCUCAGGGUUUCCUCAUUUUUCUUUGUUCUUUUUUCUGAUUUUUCCUCACAGAGUUGUUUCCAAGUAUUUGUCUUCAGUUUCACUGAUCCUGUCUCUCAUCAUUUCAGACCUGCUCCUCUGUCCUUCAGUGAAACUGUCCAUUUCUGAAAUUUUGUUUAUCUUUUGGAUUUCUAAUUGUUGUUUUUGUAUGAUUUCCAGUUGUGAAUUUAUUUAGGUGUAUUGUUUCUGUAUUAUUUUCCUGAGUUCUUGCAUUUGUGUGUGUGUUUGUGUAUUUCCCAUGAAUUUGCCUUUUCCAUAAAUUUGUCUGGUUUUUGCUUCAACUCUUGGAUAGCUCUGAAUAUUAGAGAUUUGAAUUCCUUGUCAGGAAUAUUUGUGCCUUUUCUUCUACUGGAAAGUCAUCUGAUGUUUUAUUUUGGACACCUACUGGAACCAUCCUGUCCUUUUUUUAAAUAUGUUUUGAUAUUGUUUGCUGUCUUUGAGACAUCCAGUAGUUAUUUUCUUCAUUUCUUAUUGUAGAUUUGUUUUGUCCAGAUUUUUUGUAUUAUUUGGUUAUAUCUGAGCAGCAGGCUGUGCAUUCUUUGUUGUUUGUUCAUCUGUAGUCACGAUAUUUUUCACCUUCUUGUCCAAUGGAUGGGGCUAGUCACUCAGCUGUGGUGUAGCAGGGCAUGUCCAGCUAAAGGGGAGAGGCUUGGAUGGGUUGUUUGUGGCACGUACUAGGGCCAACAGGGUGGUCCAGGAAUCAGUGCCAGGCAGGUUCCGGUAGGCUGUGCCUGUGCUGCUUGGAGGUGUGAUAUUCGGCGCAUGAUGCAGGUAGGCAGGAAAGAGGGGGAAGGUUGUGAUGUAUGGAGGUAAUACAGGUACGGGAAAGAGGAAAGAGAAACAGGAGCCAAAAACUAACAAACGAAGCAAAAAAAAAAAAAAAGUGCAGAGGGUGUUUGCCGUUGGAGUGAGAGAGAUGAGAAAUGAGAAAUGGAGAAAAGGAAAAAGGGGGGGAAAAAAACUAGAUAAAAAUUUGGAAAAGUGAAGCCCUAGGGAUCCCACUGGUGCAGCCGUGAAUACUGAUUAAGUAUCCUAGGCUGCACAGUUCAGCCUGGCUAGUUUUUUUUUUUAGUGAAGGUGUAGAUGUCACACAGCACCACGUAUUCAGGAGAGAGGAAAAGAAAGUAAGUGCGGACAGACAAGACCUUAGAAAUGAAGAAAGACAGAAAGGGAAAAAGAAGAAAAACAACAUGCCCCCAGGGAUCCUGUCUAUAUGGCUGUGCAGAUUUGGGGAGUGGUCCUAAGCUGUGCAGCGCAGCCUGGUUAGAAGGGGCUCCAGAGUGUGAAAAGAGAAAGAGAUCAUAUAAACAAACAAAACAAAACAGAACAAACCAAAAAAAAAAAAAAAGCUUCAAGGAUCCUAUCAUUGUGGUGUUGCGAGCCAGUGGAGUGGCACCCCAGUUAAGCAGGGCUUCACAGCCUUUCAAGAAGAAGCAAAGAUGGCACACAGACCCAGGAGGGGGAAGGUAGUAGGAGGCACGGAAGAAACCAACAGACAUGGAAAGAAGCAACACCAGCUCAGGGAGCCGGCCAUUGUGGGUGGGGUGAAUCCAAGCAGCCUGGGGUGGAAGCAGUUGUCUACUGGCCAGAAGACUGCAUCUUGUGAGAAGCAGAGGCUGAAGGGGGAGGGAUAGAAAAGUGGGAGUUAGGAAAAUUUAUCACUUGUUACCAGGUGCUGUCUCCUGCUGGGAACUUCCUGAAGCUGCUUUCCUAUACUCCCUGUCUGCCAAUCUGCAAUGCGGGUGGGGCAAAUCCAAGUGGCACAGAUGCUGCGCUGUACGGCUGGCUGAGCCACUGCAGCCAACCAGGAAGCUUGGACAUAGAGCAGCAGAGAGAGGAUCAGAGGUGGGAAAGCAUGUAUUGCUGGUUACCAGAUGCUCUGUCUCUUGCUGGGAGCUCCGUAAAGCUGCAUUCUCGCGUUCCCUGUCAGAAGAUCUCUGACAGGAGUCCAAGAAUGCUGCAUUAGCUCGUGAGGAACCUCUGCAUCUAUCUCUCUUCAUUCUCUGUCCUCUCAGUUUCUUAAUCCAUUUGGUAUUUGGCUGAGUUCUUUAUCUCUUCAUUUGACACUUUGGGGUCCAGGAAUGAUAUUUGUCUGUGUUUUACCGAGUUUUUUGGGUCUUGGCUGUGGAGAGAUGAAGAGGUGCUUCUGUCUAUGGCGCCAUGUUUGCUGGAAGUCUCCUUUCUUUAUUUUAACAGUGUCUUGCAGAGCAGAAGUUUUAAAUUUUUUAACCAUUUUCUUUUUGUUCUUUUUCUUGCAUAGAUUUUUAUGUGAAAAUAAAGUCCACAUAAAAAUAUAUAGGUAACAAAACAUUUGCCAAAAUUUUUAAUUUUAGUGAAGCCCAUUUUAUCCAUUUUUUUUUUUCUGUCAUGGAUCGUGAUUUUAGUGUCGUAUCUAAAAAAUCAUCACCAAACCCAAGAUUUCCUAGGUUUUUUCAUAUGUUCUCAUCAUGGAGUUUUAUAGUUUUGCAUUAACAUUCAGGCUUUUCAUCCGUUUUGUGUGAAUGUUUAUAAAAGGUGUAAGGUCUGUGUCUAGAUUCCCUUUGCUAGCUAGUGGAUAUACAGGUAUUCCAUUAUCCUUUAUUGAAAAGGCUAACCUUUCUUAAUUAUCUUUGGUCCUUACUCAAAGAUCAGAUGACUGUAUUUUUGUCUGUCUGUUUCUUGGCUCUCUUUUCUGUUCCAUUGGUCUGUUUGCCUCUUUUGCCAGUAGCACAGUGUCUUGAUUACUGUAUUGUCAGACUAAGUCUUGAAGUGAUGUCAUGUCAGUCUGCCAGCUUUGUUCCUCUCCUUCAAUAUUGUGUUGACUCUGAGUCUUUGUUCUUUUCAUGUAAAUGUUAGAAAAAGUUUGUCAGUGGUCACAACGUAACUUAGGAGAUUUUGAUUGGGAUUCUGUUGAAUGUACAGAUCACUUUGGGAAGAACUGGCAUCUUGACAAUAUUGAAUUUUUCACACAUGAACAUGGAACAUUUCUUCGUAUAGAUCUUCUUUGAGUUCUUUUAUGAGAGUUUUGUAGGUUUCCUCAGAUAGAUCUUUUAUAUAUCUUGUUAGAUUUUUACUAUCUCAUUUUUGUUGUUACAAAUGUAAAUGCUACUGUUUUUAAUUUCAAAUUACAAUUGUUCCUUACUGAUAUAUAGGAAAGCAAUUUUCUUUUGUAUAUAACCUUUUAUCCUGUAACUUCAAUAUGACUGAUUAUUAGUUUCAUGAGUGUUUUUUUGUUGUUGUUGAUUCCUUGGGAUUUUCCAUAUAGACAAUAAUUUCAAAUGCAAAAAAUGACAAGUUAUUUUCUCCUAAGAGUCUGUUUACUUUUCUUUCUGUUUCUAGUUUUUGUGCUUUACCUAGGACUUCUAGUACAAUGUUGAAUAAGAAUGAUGAGUGGGAACAUCCUUGCCAUAUUCCCAAUCUUAGCAAGAAAGCAUCUAGCUUCUUGCCAAUAGUUAUGAUGUUAACUGUACGGUUUUUGUAGAUGUUUUUAAUCAAGUUGAGGUCAUUUCUUUCUUUUCCUAAUUUGCUGAGAAUUUUUUUUCUGAAUGAGUGUUGUAUUUUGUCAGAUGUUUUUUGCAACUCUGAAUAUGUUUAUAUGAUUUCUUGUUUAAACUGUUGAUGUGUGAUGGAUUACUUUAACAGGGAUUCUCUUCCAAAGGUGUGAUUUGGUUAAUUUCUCAUUUGCUUCUCCCUAAUUUUUACUUUUUUGCAUUUAUUGUUCAUUGCUUAUAAAAUUUUUAGCCUUAUUUCAAAAAUCUAAAAAUAUUAAAUCACUUUUGAAACAUAUACUUAUAUGAGGUGAAAAAUGUAUUAAGUCUGGUAGUCUGUAGCACAAUGGUACAAAACAGUAUAAUUCUUCCCUUCAAAACCUCCCUCACGCUGCACCUUUUUGGUCAAACGUUGCCCCGUCAGAGACUCCCUGGCAGCUGUCCCUGUACAUAUCAUUCACUAUGUAGAUUUUCUAUUCUGGCUCCUGUCACUUAGCAUAAUGCAUUUGAGAGUCAUCCACGUUGAUGAGUGUAUCAGUAGCUUGUCCCUUUUUGUGUAAUAAUUCUGCUGUGUAGACAUGCCACAGUUUGUGUAUUCACCAUUUGGAGGAGAGUUGCAUUUCUAGUUUUUAUGAAUAAAGCUAAAAUAAACUGUCUUGCACAGAUUUUUAUGUGAACAUAAAGUUUUCAUUUUUCUCGCAUAUAUCCUUGGGAGUUGGAUUGCUGUCAUAUGGUUGUCGUCAUCAUCGUUUGGUGCCGUCAAGUCAGUUCUGACUCAUAGCGACCCUAAGUACAACAGAACAAAACACUGCCUGGUCUACACCACCCUCAUAAUUGUUGCUGUGUUUGAGCCCAUUAUUGCAGCUGCUGUGUCAAUCCAUCUCAUCAGGGGCCUUCCUCUUUUUUCCUGACCCCCUACUUGACCAAGUGUGAUGUCCGUCACCAGGGACAAAGUACAUGAGACGAAGUCUCACCAUACUCACUUCAAGGUGCACUCUGGAUGUACUUCUCCCAAGACAGACUUGUUUGUUCUUCUGACAAUCCAUGAUAUAUUCAAUAUUCUUUGCCAACACCAUAAUUCAAAUACAUCGAUUCUUCUUCACUCUUCAUUGUUCAUUGUCCAGCUUUCACAUGUAUAUGAGGUGACUGAAAAUACCAUGGCUUGGGUCAGGCGCACCUUAAUCUUCAAAGUGACACUUUUGCUUUUGAACACUUCAAAGAGGCCUUUUGCAGCAGAUUUGCCCAGUACAGCACCUCAUUUGAUUUCUUGACUGCUACUUCCAUGGGUGUUGAUUGUGGAUCCAAGUAAAAUGAAAUCCUUGACAACUUCAAUUUUUUUCCAUUUAUCGUGAUGUUGUUUAUUGGUCCAGUUGUAAGAACUUUUUUCUGUAUGUUGAGGUACAUGUUUGUAAGAAACUACCAAUCUGUUUUUCAGUUGUGCCAUUCCAGUUGCUUCUGAGAUGUAGAGAGGCUGCUUUCUGAGGGAACCAAGCACACUUCUGUUUGGCACUGGUGCCAGGGAAGUACAUUUGGGUGGGUAGCUUAUCUGACAGGUAGCUCUGUAUUUGCAUACAGAGGGGAUGGCCUGAAGCAGUUUAGAUUAGACCAUAGACCUGUGUCUAUGGGGCUCCUGGCUAUGCCAUCACUAUCACUAUCAGCCUGGUCUGAGCCCAGGUCUUUUCAGAAACAAAAAUAGCAAUUCUCAGCUUCCAACCACAUGAAUUGGGCAUUGCUCGUCAUCACAACAAUUCCUGAAGUCUGGGCCAUACCCUCUCCUGUUGUGGAAUCCAGAAAUAGAUGUACACAUCUGAGUUAGCAGGUCAGUGGGUAGUGAGCGCUCUUUUUACUCAAUCCAUCCGCCUCCGUGUCUGAAGUUUUUUUCCUCUGUAACAGGCAGAGUCAAAGUGUCACCAUGCAGGAGGAAGGGGAGGGUCCAAAGGUGGUGAUGCAGGGUCACAUGUCGCUAGACCUUAGCCGGUUCCUGGUUGCUCCAUCGUCAGUGGGUGCUCCGGAGGUGUGGCCCCUCCAAGAGCUCAGCUUCUUUUGCUAACAUCUGCCCAGCCUGCAGCCCAUCCUGACUGCUGGGAUCAGGAUAGCCACCUUGAGAUUGGAUCCCCAGAAGGAAAUGUGUUGGGAAAUGCAGGCAGUGCUGUUUCAUCUGCUGGGCUCCAUCCUCCCAAAGCCUUCAAAGUAACAUUUGUGUUCUUUCUCCAGAAGGAAAAUCUAUCUCCACCUUUUGUGUCAAGGAGCCUCUGUCUCCAGCCUCAUACUGUCCUCCUGGACCUGGUGAUUCUGGCAUGUUCUAGUGGAAAUUGGGUGUAAUCUCUCUGGCUUUAGUUAUUGUUUAAUGAAGUUUAAUAAAUUAUAUUCAAGUAGGAAGAUAGUUUUUCAGCUUAUUAAGAAGCCCAUGUAUUUAAUGUAAAUAAAUGUAUGAGUGUAUGAAUCAAGAUAAAUACAGAUAUACCAUGAUAAAACUCUACUCACCUGUUCUCAAGUCAUCUCCACCUCACAUCAGUUCGAGAGCCCUGACAGUCCUACACAGCUUUAAAAUAUGGGGGUCUCUAAGAAGAAGGGUCAUGUAGGCUCAUUUAUUUUACUAGCAUUAAUUGAAACUGAACUUAUAUAAGCAAGGUGAGUUUUGUCAAAUGGAAUUUCUCUUAUUAUAUAUAUAUAUAUAUACACUGAACUUCUUAUUUAAAGAAAAUCUGUACUUCAAUAAAAGGAGCACCCAUAACCCUAGACCUAGACUCACCAACUGUUAAGAUAUUACCUCAAUUGUCCAAAUAUAUGAAUUCAUUAUUAAGAUGAAACAUUUAAUGGUUAAAAACAAACUGAAUCUCCAUUCACCCACACAAGAAAAGAAAAUUUCUCCAGUUGUCCACAUGUACCUAUUAUAGUUGUCGAUUUUUAAAGCUAGGAUCCCAACAAGAUUUGGACAUUGCCUUUUUAUUUUUGAUCUGUUUUGCAUACUGCAUUUGCCUGCAGUUUUUCUUUUUAUUGUUCUAAAACUAUAACACUGUGUUUGCCAAUUCAGCAUUUUCACCUAUACAAUUCAGUGACACCGGUUAUAUCAAUCUUGUUAUGCAAACAUUGCCAUAUCCAUUGCCAAAUUUCCAUCAUCAUAAACAAAAGCUCAAUGCUUUCUUAACAGUGAUGUCUCUUUUCCUUCUUCCUUGAACCACUGGCAACUGUUUUGAACUUUGAUCUCUAUACUUCGCCUGUUCUAAAUAUUUCAUAUAAAUGAGAUCAUACAACAUUUUUUCUUUUGCCAUUACUUCACUGAGCAUAAUGUUUCCUAAGGUUCAUCAUGUUACAACACGUAAAACGAUGGUAUUUUUCUUUAUGGCUGAGUAGUAUCCCAUUGUAUGUAUGCAUAUUUUGUUUAUUCAUUCAUCCAUUGAUAGACAUCUAGGUUGUUCCCACCAUUUUGCUAUUGUGAAUAAUGUUGCAAUGGCCAUUGUUGUACAUGUGUCUGUCUGCAUUGUUUCUUUCAAGUCACAAGUAUAUAUCUAGUAGUAGAAUUGCUGGGUCAUGUGGUGGGUCUAUGUUUAACUUUUGGAGGAGCCACCAAGCUGUUUUCCAUAGCACCUCUACCAUUUUGCAUUCCCACCAGCAAUAGAUGAGAGUUUCAGUUCCUCCACAUCCUCACCAACAUUUUUUGUCUUUCUAUUUUUAUAAUCUUGCCCUCCUAGUGGGGUGAAAUCUUGUUUUUUUGAGGUUUUUCUUUUCUGUUGCUUAAAUAUGUGUGUGCGUGUGUAUAAAACACAUUAGCCAAUUCAUCAUUUCUGAGGUGUGUAAUUGAGUGAUAUCAAUUAAAUUAAUCAUGUUGUGCAAACAUCGACCAUAAUCGUUGUCAAAUUCUCCAUCACCAUAAGCAGAAACUCAUUGCUUCCUAAACAAUGAUUCCUCUUUUCACCAUCCCUCCUGCCGCUGGUAACCAAUAAUAAACUUUGUUCUCUACAUAUUUGCCCAUUCCUGUUAUUUCCUGUGAGAUCAUACAAUAUUUGUCCUCUUGUGAUUGACUCAUUUCAUUCAGUGUAACAUUUUCAAGGUUCAUCAGUGUUGUACCAUGUAUCACGAUUCAUCUUUCGGGCUGAUUUGUGUGUAUGCACUACAAUUUGUUUAUCCAUUCAUUCAUGGACAUUUAGACUGUUGCAAGCCUUUUAAUAUUUUGAAUACUGCUGCAGUGAACAUUGGUGAAUGUGUGUCUGCUUGUGUUACUGCAUUUCAAGUCUAUUAGGUACAUACCUAAGAUUGGAAUUGCUGGGUCAUAUGGUAAUUCUGUAUUUAACUUUUUAAGGAGCCACCAAAGUGUUUUCCACAGUGGCUAUACACCAUUUUGCAUUCUUACCAACAAUGGCUAAGGGUUCAAAUUUUCCCACAUUCUCACCAAUAAUUGUUUUCCUUUUUAUCGUAGCCAUCCUAGUGGGAGUGAAGUGGUAUCUCUUUGUGGUUUUGAUUACACCUCCUCAGUGACUAAGGAUGUUGAGCAUCUUUUCAUGUGCUUGUGGAUCAUUUGAAUAUCCUCAUUUGUGAAAUGUCUGUCCAAAUCAUUUGCCCAUUUUUGAUUAGGUUAUUUAUCUUUUUUUAUUAACUUGUAGAAGCUUUAUAUAUAUUUUGGAUGUAAGACCCAUACUGAAUAUAUGGUUAAUGAAAAUUUUCUUCCAGUCUACAGAUUAUUGUUAUAUGUGUCUAUUACUGUAUUAGAAUCAGACUCUUGUGAUUAUUUUAGUUGCAUGAUACAUUUUGAAAUCAAAACUGUGAAUCCUCCUACUUUGGUCUUUUUCAGAGUUACUUUGGCUAUUCACAGCUUCUUGCCAUUCCAUAUAAAAUUGAAGAUUGGUGUUUCCAUUUCCAUUAAAGAAGACUGUUGGCAUUUUGAUUAGAUUGCAUUGAAUCUGUAGAUUGCUUUGAGUAGUAUUGUUAGGGAGAUUAUGCCAUAAAUUUUUUAAAGAGUUAGAUUCAUUUGCCAGUUUGUUUCCCACUCUGGGAUACACAAAUAUACUGGAUGCUUGUUAUAAAUUUCCAUAUAACAUAGUCCACCCUUUGUGAUGUAUAAUUCUAUGGGUCUGACAAAUUCUUAAGAGUCAUGUAAACAUCAAGAUAAUACCACACAGAAUAGUUAUAUCACCUUAAAAAUAACUUGGUGCAGCCCCAUUAUAGUCACCUCCUCCUCCCUUCCUCACUCCUUUCAGCCACUGAUAUGUUUUCUGUCUCUAUAGUUUUACCUUUUCCAGAAUAUUUUAUAAAUGGAACUAUCCAUUAAUUCCCAUUGUGAUCUGACUCCUUUAGCUUAUAAAAAAAUCUGUUUAAGAUUUAUCCAUGUUCUAGUGUCAAUCAAUAGGGAGUUCUGUUUAUUGUUGAGUUGUAUUCCUUUCUAUUGAUGUACCAAAGUUUGUUAACCCAUCCACCUGCUGAAGAACAUCUGGGUUUUUUUUUAGGUUUUGGUGAUGGUGAAUAAAGCUGCUAUAAAAAAUUCCAUACAGGAUUUCGUGUGAACAUAAAUUUUCAGUUCACUUGGGUAAAUCCCUAGGAGUAGGAUCAUGGUGUUGUCUGGUAAAUAUAUUUUAUUUGGAUCCACAGUCAACACCCAUGGAAGCAGCAGUCAAGAAAUCAAAAGGUGCACUGCAUUUGGCAAAUCUGCUGCAAAAGACCUCUUUAAAGUGUUGAAAAGCAAAGAUGUCACCUUGAAGACUAAGAUGCACCUGACCCAAGCCAUGGUGUUUCUAUUGCCUUGUAUGCAUGUGAAAGCUUGACAGUUAAUAUGGAAGACUGAAGAAUUGAUGACUUUGAAUUACGGUACUGGAGAAGAAUAUUCAAUAUAUCAUGGACUGCCAAAAGAACAAACAAUCUGUCUUGGAAAAAGUACAACGAGAAUGCUACUUAGAAGCAAGAAUGGACAUGUUAUCAGGAGGGAUCAGUCCCUGGAGAAGGACAUCAUGCUUGGUAAAAUGGAGGGUCAGUGAAAAAUAGGACAAUCCUCAAGGAGAUGGAUUGACACAGUUGCUGCAACAAUGGGCUCAAGUGUAGCAACGAUUGUGAAGAUGACGCAGGACCAAGCAAUGUUUCAUUCUGUUGUGUAUAGGACACUGUUAGUCGGAACCAACUCGAUGGCACCUAACAACAACAGACCUGCACAACCAAACACAGUAACUAAGAGCCCAGUGCGGUAUUGACAAAAUGAACUGUGGGUAGUAAAGCUAAGAAACUGGAUUAUUAACUUUAUUUAAUUUUAAUUAACUUCAGUUUAACAAUAAACUUGAUUUGAUUAUUGGAAAAGUAGGUUUGGUGUAACAUCAGUUUAUUAAUCUACUUUUUGAACAGGCAAUUUUAUGAAAUGUAAAUGCCAUUCAAAAAUUUACAAUGCAAAUUUCUUAUCCACACCGAGAUCUGCUGUUUCCACUACCUGGAAGAUUUAGUACAAAAAGAAAGAAAUGUAAAAUGUCUCAUAAAUGACUUUAUAUACAUGACUUUAGUUGUUAAUUUCUUUAAAAAUGUAUGUAUUAAUAAUAAUUGGAUAUUGGUUUAACUAAGAUACAUCAUUAUAAAUAAUUUAACAUUUAAUUUUUUAAUUUGUAAUAUGUCUACUACAUUUUUCUGAAAUUACAUCUGUGGGUUGCAUUACAUCUGUAUUAAACAGGGCUGCUCUAGACUCAACAUCCAUUUUACAAGAAAUACAGGAGACAAAGUUAAUUAAACAAAAUUAUGAAAAAACCACCUAAGUGUUAAAUAUUUUACCAGACAACUCGCCUUCAAUAUUCAAGAGUCAAUAUGAUUAAAAAAAAAAAUUGCUGGCAAAUGUACUAUGUAAAACAGAUUUAAGGCUUUUUAUCCACCACUCCAGCCUCCUCCCUCCUUCCCCAUUUCACCAUCCCAUUAGCCUCCCAGCUGCUAGUGGUUCCAUGAAGGUGCAUCAUACCUCCUUCUCUCAGAACAAUAUGAUGCUGCUUCUCGAUAGAAAACACAAAAACAAGAAUACAAGAGGAAUUCCUCAAUAGGAGUUAAGGGCAUUUAUAAUAAACCCACAGCAAACAUACUCAGUGGAGAAACACUUAGAGCUUUCCCCUUAAGAUUGGAAACAAGGCAAGGAUGCCUGCUCUCAGCAGUAUUAUUCUAUAUUGUACUGGAAAUCGUAGCCAGAGCGAUAGGAAAAGAAGAAGAAAAGGGAUCCAAAUUGGGAAGAAAUAAAUCUAUUCCUAUUCUCAGAUGACCUUGCGCUAUAUAUAGAAAAUCUCGAAGAACGCACAAGAAAGACUUCUGAGCUAAUAGAAGAAUUCAUCAAAGUUGCAGUAUACAAGGUCAACACAUAAAAACCAGUUGGGUUCUAUACAACAGCAAUGAACAAUAAAAAAAGGAAAUAAAAAAAAUUCCAUUUACAAUAGCAUGUAAAAGAAUAAAAUACCUAGGAAUAAAUUUGGCCAGGGAUGUGAAAGACUUAUACAAGGAAAAAUACAAAGCACCGAUGCAAAUACCUUAAAGAAAAAUAAAUGGUAAGAUACUCCAUGUAUUGGCAGAGUACAGGGUCUGCGGAAAAGAGGAAGACCCUCGAGGUGGAUUGACACAGUGGCUGCAACAAUGAGCUCAAGCGUAAGAAGGGUUGUAAGGAUGGCGCAGGACUGGGCAGAGUGUUUCCUUCUGUUGUACAUAGGGUCGCUAUGGGUCGUAACGGACUCGAGGGCUCCUAACAACAACAACAAAGAUGGACAAAUAAUUAUGAGGAGCAAACAAAUUAUUUCUCUAAAGAACGUGGUAAAUUUUUUACAAAUGGCCGAAUGUGCAAAUAGCAUCUUUGCUCCCAAAGGGUAUUAGAAAUCUCUGACUACUUAUGUCCACAUUCAGAAAAGUUAGGCUUUUAUCUAUAGAGGAAAUAAAGCAGCAGUGCCCAGCUCACAAAUCCCUUGAGAAGCCACUAAGCCCCACGGGCACUAGGUGGACUCCUCUUGUCCGCGCACGGAAGCCUUCCCCUUCGCCACGCUGCCCCCCAAAACCGGAAGCGGAAGUGCGCGACCACGGAACGGCAGCCGUGUUUCGUAGCGCUCCCGCUCCGGUGUGAGGUAGGUUUUGCAUCUGUAGGCCUCCUGCUUUGACUGCUCCAGAGCCGCUGGGCUUCAUAUAGUCGCGCUGUGCCCGUGACCUCCAUCCGCCGCUGGCGCUUUCCUGCUUUUUUGCCGCCGCCUCCGUUUAUUUACUUUCUUGCUGCCGCCGCCUCUUCUUUCCCUCUGAGAACCCGGCCUAUUGCGCCUACUUCCGCCUGGGCCGCGCGCGGCUCGUUCCUAUGGGGUUCGGGUUGGGACGGUGGAGUAGGUGGGCUGGAUCUGGUUUUCUCGGUGCAUUUACACGUAAAUUGCGGGAAUCCUCGCCGCGCAAUAGCGUAACUACCACGCCGGCAGCGUCAGCCUCACUUGGGAGUUUGAGAGAAAUGAAGAGUCACGGGCCUCAUGGACUCUCAGUGUAGUUAGCCUGAGUCCAAAUGUUUUGCCGCCCACCAGGCUCCCCUUUGUUUUCAUCACGGCAGGGCUCUUGCUAAGUUUUGCUGGUCAUAAAAAGCCUAAGAAUAUGGUGAGGAAUAACCCCCCCUCCCCACUCUAAUGGUUAAGGAAUCAUGGUGACGCAUUGGUUAAAGAGCUGGACUGCUAACCAGAGGGUCGGCGGUUCCCAACAACCAGCAGUUUUGCGGGAGAAAAAGUAGAAGUCUACUUCCUAGAGAAUUACAGCCUUUGGAAACCUUAUGGGAUUGCUAUGAGAUGGCAGUGGGUUUGCUUUAUAGGUUUUGAGUCUAAUGGUUAUGGGUAUGUAAGGUAGAUGAAGAAUUUAGAAAUACGAAAUUUGUAGUACACGCAUUUAAGACCUUACUUAUCCUAAGGUCAGGAGGAAAAUAUUUAGAGGCACAUUUGUAGGAAUUUCUGAUUGUAAGGCAAAAAUUUUCUCAUGACUUUGUGAGACACAGCAUGUCCAGCCCUUGUUGGUUUAAUGUAGAAUGUGUGUAGUUGAACAGACUUGAUAUAGGUGAUGAGAGGUUUAUGGAGAUCACCUACCCAGUGUUUGAACAAGAUCUUCAGAGAAUGGCUGAGACAGAAUCUGUGUGGGAUUGCAUGCUGGUGAUUCAACUACAGUUUUUGCUACAAAAGAACCACACAUUGUAAUAGGUUGAAAGCUUCUUGGGGCAUACUCCCACUGUGAGGCUAGCGAGUGUAUACUCAUAUUGAGUGCAAAAUAGGAACCGUGUGUAAUGAAAGUAAUCAAAAUACUUGAAUAGAUUCUAGAGGAUCACCCACGCUAGCGUUGCAAAAAUCACCUCAUCCAUUGUGAUAAAUAUCGUACAACGCACUGUCGUUUAAAUAAAGGUACAACUAUUAGAAAAUCAUGAUUCAUGAUAAAAAAGCUUAAAUUGAUGAGUAAGUAAUUUGUGGCAUGUGUAAUAUGACUAGAGAAUGUGUUUCUUCUUGAACCAAAUGAAAUAAUAUAGAAUGAAGGCAAUGUUUAUUUCAAAUCUACUGAAUGUAAGAGCAAAAAAAGGACAGUAUCUUACAUGAAAAAAAACUUAUGAAAAAAUACAUAGACACUGAAGAGUCUACGGUGUCUCUUGGUGGCAGAAAUGGUUAAAUUACUAGCUGAAAAGUUGGUGGUUCAAACCCACCCAGAAGUGCCUUGGAAGACAGGCCUUGCGAUCUACUACCAAAACAUCAUCCCUAUGGAGAAGUUCUACUCUGCACACAUGGGGUAACCAUGAAUAGGAAUAGACUCAGUGACAACUAACAAGAAGAACAGAAAUCAAGCAGCAGCUGCAUAUAUUAUUUCAAAAAUUUUAGAUGUCUAAAUUUAAGUGUCAUGUUUGAGAAAUUAUUGCUAACAUCAGAGCCUUAGUGUAAUCUGUUGUUGUUUUUUAACUGUUUAGAAUUGUAAUUCACAAGAUGUUUCGGUUAUGGAAAUUGUUCUUGUGGUGUACCGUCAAGUGGAUUCUGAAUUAUAACAAUUCUAUAGGACAGAGUAGAACUGCCCCUUAGGGUUUCCAAGGCUGUAAUCUUUACAGAAGCAGAUUACCACAUCUUUCUCCCUUGGAGCUGCUGGUGAGUUUGAACCGCCGACCUUUUGGUUAGUAUCCAGUUGCUUAGCUACUGCACCACUCCUUGCUGUGAAUGUAAUCCUGUUACUUUAUAUACAUUAAUAACAUGAUCCAGAUCCAGUUAUCUUAGAAAGCUCGCUCUCUACACGCUGCAGUUCCUCAAAUGUGAUUUUAUUUCUUUAGUUUAGUACAGCCUAAGGUUGGCAUUAAAUCUAAGUACCCUCUUUAUAUCCCCAUAGUAUCUAAAUUUUCCUCAUUUCGUUUACACACUUAGACCAAGAAACUAAGUUGCUUCUUUUUUUUUUUUUUUUAGCAGUGUUAUUUCAUUCUAUCUAUUUGUGUGUGGGGCUGGGGAGGGCAAAAUAUAGGUAACAAAACCUUUUCCUAUUUCAUCCAUUCUUACAUGUACAAUUCAGUAACAUUAAUGACUUUCAACAUGUUGUACAACCAUCACUACUGUCAGUUUCCAAGUUUUUCUGUCACCGUUAGCAGAAACUGAGUGCCUCUUAAGCAUUAACGCCUCCUUUGUCCCUCCCAUCAGCCCUUGGUAGUCACUAAUAAACUUUGGUCUCUAUUUAUUUGCCUAUUCUAGAUAAUUCGUGUAAGUGAGAUAAUACAGUAUUUAUCCUUUUAUAUCUGACUUAUUUCACAUCCUGUUGUUAGGUGCUGUCAAGUCGGUUCCAGCUCAUAGUGACCCUGUGUACAACAGAUUGAAACACUGCAAGUUCUGCUCCAUCUUCAUGAUCAUUUUUAUGCUUGAGCCCUUUCUUGCAUCCACUGUGUCAGUCCAUCUCGUUGAGGGUCAUCCUCUUUUUUGCAGACCCUCUGCUUAACCAAGCAUGAUGUCCUUCUCCACGGACUGGUCCCUCCUGAUAACAUGUCCAAGGUAUGUGAAAUGAAGUCUUGCCAUCCUUGUUUGUAAGGAGGAUUUUGGCUAUACUUUUCCCAAGACAUAUGUGUUUGUUCUUCUGCCAGUCCAUGGUAUAUUCACUGUUCUUCACCAACACCGUAAUUCAAAGGUGUGAAUUCUUCACCCUUCCUUAUUCAUUGUCCAGCUUUCACAGGUACAUGAGGCGAUUGAAAAUAUCGAGCCUUGGGUCAGGAGCACCGUAGUCCUUAAAGUGACCUCUUGCUUUUUAACAAUUCAAAGAACCAUUCUGCAGCAGCUUUUCUCAAUGCAGUGUGCCCUCUAAUUUCUUGACUGCUGCUUCCAUUGGCAUUGAUUUUGAAUCUAAGUAAAAUGAAACCCCUGAUAACUUCAGUUUUGUCUUUGUCUGUCAUGACGUUGCUUAUUGGUCCAGUUGAGAGGAUUUUCUUUUCUUUAUUUUGAAGUAUGUAUUAAAGGCUGUAGACGUUGACCUUCAUCAGCAAGUCAUUCGUAUCCUCUUCAUUUCCAGCAAGCAAGCUUGUGUCAUCUGCAUAUUGUCGGUUGUUAAUGAGUCUUCCUCCAAUCCUGAUGCCCCAUUCUUCUUCAUAUAGUCCUGCUUCUCGGAUUAUUUGCUCAGCAUACAGAUUGAAAAAGUCUGGUGAAAGGAUACAACACUGACGCACACCUUUCCUGAUUUUAAACCACGCCGUAUACCCUUAUUCUAUUCGAAUGACUUCCUCUUGGUCUAUAUACAGGUUUCUCAUGAGCACAAUGAAGUGUUCUCAAAUUCCCAUUCUUGCAGUGUUACCCAUAAUUUUGAUGCACACAGUCGAAUGCCUUUGCAUAGUCAAUAAAACACUGGUAAACUUCUUUCUCGUAUUCUCUGCUUUCAGGCAGGAUCCAUCUAACAUCAGCAGUAAUAUCCCCGGUUCCACAUCCUCUUCUGAAACCAGCUUGAAUUUCUGGCAGUUCCCUGGCGAUGAACCGCUGCAACUGCUUUUGAAUAAUCUUCAGCAGUAUUUUAGGUGCAUAUGAUAUUAAUGAUAUUGUUUGAUAAUUUCUGUAUGCUGUCAGAUUACCUUUCUUUGUAUUAGGCAUAAAUAUGAAUCUUCCAGUUCGUUGGCCAGGGAGUUUUCUUCCAAAUUUCUUGGCAUAGACAAACGAGCACUUCCAGCGCUGCAUCUGUUGAAACAUCUCUGUUGGUAUUCCGCCAACUCCUGGAGUCUUGUUUUUCGCCAGUGUCUUCAGUGCAGCUUGGACUUCUUCCUUCUGUGUUAUCGGUUCUUGAUUAUAUGGUCCCUCCUGAAAUAGUUGAAUGUUGACCAGUUCUUCUCGGUAUAGUAACUCAGUGUAUUCCUUCCAUUUUCUUUUGGUGCUUCCUGCAUCGUUCAGUAUUUUGCCUGUAGAAUUCUUCAGUAUUGCAGCUCAACGCUUGAAUUUUUUUGUUCAGUUCUUUGAGCUUGAGAAAUGCCGAGCGUCUUCUUCCCUUUUGAUUUUCUACCAUCUUUGCACGUAUCAUUAUGAUACUUAAUUUGUCUUCUUGGGCCACCCUUUGAAAUCUUGUGUUCAGCUCUUUUACUUGAUCGUUUAUUUCGUUGAAUUUAGCUACUCAGCAUCCCAGAGUAAGUUUCAUAGUCUCUGUUGACAUCCAUUUUCUUUUCUUUAUUUUCUGUCCUUUUAAUGACCUCUUGCUUUAUUCGUAUAUGAUGUCCUUGAUGUCAUUCCAGAACUCUUCUAGUCUUUGGUCAUUAGUAUUCAAUACAUCAAAUCUAUUCUUGAAAUGGUUUCUAAAUUCACUUAGCAUAGUGCUUUCAAGGUUCAUCCAGGUCAUAGCAUUAACGAGAACUUCAUUUCUUUUUAUGACUGAGUAAUAUUCUUAUUUGUGGAUGUACUGCAUUUUGUUUAUCCAUUCAUCUGUUGGUGGCCAUUUGGGUUGUCUCCAUUUUUUGUCUGUUAUGAACAGUGCUGCAGUGACCAUUGGUGUAAAAGUACCUCCUUACACUCCUGCUUUCAAGCCUUUUUGGUAUGUACCUGUUGUUGCUAUCGAGUGAGUUUUUGACUGAUAGUGACCCCAUGUCGCAGGGUAGAACUGCCACUUAAGGUUUUCUACGCUGUAAAUGGGAAACCCUGGUGGUGUAGUGGUUACGUGCUACAGCUGCUAACCAAGAGGUCGGCACUUUGAAUCCACCAGGCUCUCCUUGGAAACUGUGGAGCACUUCUAUUCUGUUCUAUAGGGUCGCUAUGAAUCGGAGUCGACUCGAUAGCAGUGGGUGUUUUUUUUUUUAAUCUUCAUUGGAGCAGAUCACUAGGUCUUUCUCCUGGGGAACCACUGGGUGGGUUCAAAUUAUCAACUUUUCGUUAGCAGCCACAUACUUAAUUUCUGCCAGCAAGACCCCUAAAUAAUGGAAAUUUUUGGUUCGUAGGGUAAUUGUAUGUUUACCUUUUUGAAGUACCGCCAAACUGUUUUCCACGGAGGCUGUACCAUUUUACAGUCCCACUAACAAUGUCUCCACAUUCUCCCCAACUCUUGCUUUUUGUUUGCCUGACAGUAGUUAUCCUAGUAGCGUUGAGGUGGUAUCUCAUUGUGGUUUUGAUUUGGAUUUUUCUAGUAACUACUGGCAUUUUGUGUGUGACUGGCCUUGAGCAUCUUUUCAUAUGUUUAUUGGCUAUUUGCAUAUUUUCUUUGGUGAAAUAUCUAUUUAAACUUCUUGCGGUUUUUCAAAUGGUUUGUUUGUCUUUACGUUGCUGAGUGGUAAACCCAUUGCCAUCCAGUUGAUUCCAACUCAUAGCGACCCAAUAGGGCAGAGUAGAACUGUCUCAGAGGGUUUCCAAGGAGUGGCUAGUGGAUUUAACUGCCAACCUUUUGGUACACAGCCAAGCUCUUAACCACUGGGACCCAGGGCUCCUUGUUGACUGGUAGGAGUUCUUUAUAUAUCCUGGAUAUUAAACCCUUAUGAGAUAUAUGACUCUCAAAUACUGCCUCCCAUUCUGUGGGUUGUCUCUUCGAUUUGUUGAUAAAGCACAAGGUUUUUUAUGUCCAGGCAUAAACCAGUAACUUGACAUUUACCUCCCAAGUGGUGGAUGCCGAGAGCUGGGCAACUCCAUUGUGGCAGUGAAGGAGUUUAUUAGAAGGACUGACAUACAAAGCCAAGCCCUGAGCAGCUGCAGGACCAAAGCAGAUCUCUGUGCUCCUCAGGGGGAAGCCAUAGGUUUUAUACUGGUGGUGGACAUUACUGUCUCCAGGCUAGGGGUUACAUAGGAAUGACUCAGCAGAUGGUAGUGAACUAGUGGACCACACAAGUGCGCUCAUGGUCGGCCUCACAAAACCUCUUUACCCUUCAGUCCACCCUUCAAGGCUGGCUGUUAAAACUUAACAUGUUCCCUCUGUUGUGCCAUAGCAUGACAGACCCCGUUAUCUCCCUCUUGGGAACAGAUAUAGAAGUGAGGUUGGCCAGGCGCCAUAUGGUGCUUGCACAUGUAUAAGAGACAGAGAAAGUUACUGUGUGCUUAGACAGGGAGAAGAUUCCUCUAAUAAGGAGAAGGAACUGGGAAAGAGAAGGUGACCCAGUUUUUAGCCCCCUUAUCAAAGAAUGUUCUGGGCCCAAGGACUUUACUUAGGUAGUCUGGAUGUGAGGUGUACAGGCAGAUCGUUCCCCCAGCAAUCCAUCCCCUGAUUCGGAUUGCGGUGCCAGAAAAAGAAGCAAAGCAGUACGAAGUCCUGGUAUGCACAUCACUCAUUUUGGUUGUUGAGCUGCAUGUCCAUGAUUUGGUUCCUAACUCUGGUGAAUGCUAUAUCUGUGCAUCAUUUGAGGCAGCAUUUAAAGAGGGUUACCAGUAGGACUCUCCCCAGAGAAUUCAUCAGGCCUACUUGGAGGAGAGAUCCCAACUAGUCACCCCCGUCGUGGCUUAAUCCAAGCUGUGUGAAUAGAUCAAAGGACUGCAUUUGUCCAAUCUUAGAUAUGUGUAACAUGUUCUGAUUCACUUAUGUAAAAACAGCAUGUUACUCCCAACAUGGCACAUUAUGUGAACAUUACAAAUUUCAGUACAAGUAAUACAAAAACUCCCUUUCUCAGCACAAUUGAACAAGCUGUUACCAUUGCCAGACGAGGCUAAUUUAGACUUGGUGUAGUCAGUCAAUGUAUGUUGAACCACCUAGACAUAUUGUGCAAGUUCUCCGUGUCCAGAGUACGUCACCUCAGUCUUAAAAGUACUGUGCACAGAGUCAAACCAUCCGGUCUCAAGCUGUUUACGUUUUUAACACACAGAGAAAUUUUUUUCUAAAGCUGGAGCACUCCCCACAGGCAGCUUUCAUAUUUCAAAAGGUGUUUUCCAUGAAUAAUGGAGUCAACUGUAUUUAUUUACCAUGUGAUUUUCUCAGUAUACCAGGUUACGCAUUCAUUUGGUCCAUGAGGUGUCCUCCAGAGUAUGGGGCUACCUUUCAUGAAUUCUAGCAGGAUGGGGCUGAAUCUGCUGUCCAAAGCUGAGGGGGCAGGGCUGCCAUGCCCAAAGGGCAUAAACACUGGUCCUGCCAGGGCCGAGGAUGUGGGGUCACCACUCAGAUGGACUAGGAGAGUGGGCCCACCCAGAUGCAAGGGAGCAGAGUUGCUGUUUCAGUAGGCCUGGAAGGCAGAGCUGAAGCCUAGGGACUAGGAACCUCCACCCAGAAUCUGGAGAAUGUGGCCAACGCCCAGCAUCUGCAGAGCAGGGCCCUUGCCUAGGUGGUUUCAGAGAACUGAAGAUUAUUUUCAAGCCUUGCAAGCUAAUAUGAUGUGUUUUGCUGACUUGCUUGGUGCGUGUUACCCCUUCUUUCCCUGCAAUUUCUCCCAUUUGUAAUGGAAAUGUCUGCUUUAUGCCUGUUCCACCAUUGUACUUUGGAAGCGGAUAAUUUAUACUCCAGAUUUCACUGAUAAAGAGGAAUUUUGCCUCAGGUAGAAUUUGAACUUGGAGUUGAUUUAAGACUUUUGGGGUGAUAUAAUGGGGUAAAUACAUUUUACGUGUGGCAAGGACAUGAAUUUUGUGGGGCCAAAGGGCAGAAUGUUAUAGAUUGAAUUAUUUCCCUGAAAAAUGUCUGUCAGCUUGGCUAGGGCCAUGAUUCUGAGUAUUGUGUGGUUGUCCACCAUUUUGUGAUCUGAUGUGAUUAUCUGAUGUAAAUUCUAAUCUCUGAUGGUAAUGAGGCAGAACUCAAUCUACAGGAUUAGAUUGUAUCUUGAGUAGGUCUCUUUUGAGAUAUAAAAGAGAGAUCGAGCACAGAGGAGAGGGACCUCAUACCACCAUGAAAGAAGAGUCAGGAGUGGAGUGUGUCCUUUGGACCCGUGGUCCCUGUACUGAGAAGCUGCUAGACAAAGGGAAGAUUGAUUACAAGUACCUUGCCCCGGAACUGACGGAGAAAGCUCCCCUGGAGCCAGCACCCUGAAUUUGGACUUUUAGCCUCCUAGACUGUGACAGGAUAAAUUUCUGUUUGUUAAAGCCAUCCACUUGUGACAUUUCUGUUAUAAUGUGACAGGAUAAAUUUCUGUUUGUUAAAGCCAUGAAGCCCUAGAUAAUAAAAGAACCUAGCCUGAGAGUCAGGUUAGAUUGCUUGAAAAGGAAAAUUACUUAAGUGAAUAUCAUGGAUUGAAUCGUACCCCCAAAAUAUGUGUCAGCUUGCUUAGGCCAUGAUUCCCAGUAUCCUGUGGUUGUUUCCCAUUUUGUGAUUGUAAUUCUAUGUUAAAGAGGUGUCAUGAGGAGGGAGUCGCUAUCGACUACUCCAAACAAUUUGUGUCUUUCCAUAAUGUCUUUAUUAAUUAUUAAGCACACAGGUUCUUGACUACCCCGGAUGCCAGAGGCCUCAGACACCAAAAGGGUGAGAGAGAGGGCAAGCAACUUUACGGUAAACUAACUCCAAAGUCUAAAGUCCAACAUCCAAAGUCCAGACGUCUCUGUCACUCUUGACCACUGUUGAGCUCAGGAGCACUGUAUCAGGCCUCUGCUUCAGCAAGACUUUCGUCAAGCUAGGGUCGCAGAGGGAUGGACUUCCCUUCAGACUGAGUGGAGACCGGCUUGGCUCGAAGGCCAGUUGCCAUUACUACCGAACUCAGCUGGCUCUGGGACCUCAGUCGAUCAACCUCUCGCACAGAGAGUCCUCUGGCAGGUGAAGGGUCUCAGACCACCUCUCCACUGUCUGAAAGUGGGUGGCUCUGAUAUGCUCCAAGCAAAGUUGAGUCUUAGUGGCUCUUCUUUUAUACACGUUGGGGCUCUCUGAGUCCUUUUGGUUGGUGUUAAUAAGUACUUGCUUAUGACUUAGCUGGAGCUUUUUGAGCCCAUUUGGUUGAUAUUGAUAAGUCCUUGUUUGUGACUUGGUUGGUCCUGGUUCUUCUGUUGAUAAAGUUGUUUUUUUCCUCUAGGUUACAUCAUCAUCUUUAUCUCCUUUCUUCACAUGUUGUUUACUUUUUUCAUUUGUUUUCAGCUAGCCUGCUUUCCACAAGAGGAUUAGGGUGAGAUUGUAACACCCUUACUAAGGUCACACCCCUGAUCCAAAGGGAGUUUCCCUGAGGUUGAAAGAGAAAGUGUUCAGGAAUUCCCCCAAACUUCUCAGAAGCUUAUGGACUGAGAGCAAAGAAAAAGCAAGGCUGAAGGGGAAUGUUACCACAAAUUGCAGAUUCGAGCCACCUGCUGCAAAGCCAAUACUGAGACAGGAGGAGGUCCCAGGUGUGAAACAGGGAGAACUAGUGUACAGUCUAGGCAGCUGGGGACUUAGAGCAACCGUCUUGUACAUUUGAAAAUCACAAGUAAGGGUUUCAGCUACCCUGACUGGUAUGUGGAACAAACAUUCAUCUGCCUCCAGACUGCCUAGUGGCCCUGCUUCCCAUCCCUCUUGGGCCCAGAGAGGACAUUCACUUAGACUUCGAGAAGCUGGAGCAAGGACAUGGGUGGAGAAGCUGUCAUGGUCUGUUUCUUUAUGUGGUUUGAUAUGGACUGCUGUCUCCGAGCCAUCACUGGGAAACUAGAUUUUCCAGUUCCUCAGGACUGUCAGCUUCACCCAUCCUUUUGCACACAUGGGAGUGCAUGGUAUCUUGCUGAAGCGGAGUAUGUGGGAUG